GAACUGAGAAAGAAACGCUGUACUUUGGACGGAGUGUUGAAGAGGUGUCCGGGCGGCUGUGAGACAGACAACAGACUCGUUUAUUAUUCUCAUGGCUGCUUAACUUUGUAGAUUAUGGCGCUCUUUUAGCAUCUUAGCUAAAUUCUUUUAUUGUUUUGAAUCGAUUCGUUUGGCUUCCCCCCCCCCCUCCUAAAGCGCUGCCGUUUGUAUAUUUGUUUGUCUUAGCAACAGCACCAAUAACAUCACGCUGUAAGAUGUCCGCACAAGGCAGCGCGCUGGUGGAUGGAGCCGAAGCGGUUUACCAGGAGAACCAGGAAAACAUCCCUUUACGGCUAAGAGGCGCGAAUAAGAGCCGCCUGGAGAACCAGGAGAAUGUGAACCCUAACAGAACAGCCACCAGGACCGUCCUGGGAGCUCUGGCCAACAAGCCGCGCCGACAGCCCGCCGUGCGAGGCUCCAAACAGGGUUCGGCACCUCAAGCCUGUAAAUCAGACGACUACAGCAAAAGCUAUGUUGAGAAGCCAGCAGACAAGCAAUUUUCUUUUCAGAUUCAUGUUGAUGAACCUGAUGGGGCCUGCUCCAAAUUACAAGCGUCCACCAAACAAGCCACCGUGGAUUCCUCUCCAUUAUCUCUGAACCCCACCGUAACACGGCUCAGGCAGCCUCUCGCUACUAUUGACCUGCCUAUGGAGCUCAGUUUUGGUUCUCCCAUGGACAUGUCAAUAGUCGAAGGUGAGGAGAGGACUGUGAAUGUAAAUGAAGUUACAGAAUACACUGCUGAAAUCCACACACACUUGAGGGAGAUUGAGGUUAAGUGUAAGCCAAAGGCAGGCUACAUGAAAAAGCAGCCAGACAUCACGAACAGCAUGCGUGCGAUCCUGGUGGACUGGUUAGUGGAAGUCGGGGAGGAGUACAAACUCCAGAACGAGACGCUGUACCUGGCUGUGAACUACAUUGACCGUUUCCUGUCCUCCAUGUCUGUCCUGAGGGGGAAGUUGCAGCUCGUCGGCACAGCAGCUAUGCUCUUGGCUUCGAAGUUUGAAGAGAUCUACCCCCCAGAGGUGGCUGAGUUUGUCUACAUCACAGAUGACACCUACACAAAGAAGCAAGUGUUAAGAAUGGAGCAUCUGGUACUAAAGGUCCUGUCUUUUGAUCUGGCUGCGCCAACAAUUGUCCAGUUUCUCACUCAGUACUUCCUCAGACAGCGAGUCUGCAACAAAGUGGAGAGCUUGUCCAUGUUUCUUGGAGAACUGAGUUUAGUGGAUGCUGACCCCUUCCUGAAGUACCUUCCAUCUCAAACAGCUGCUGCUGCCUAUAUUUUGGCAAACUACACAAUCACUGGUGCUUCCUGGUCCAAAGCUUUGGCUGAGGCGACUGGUUACACUUUAGAAGACCUCAUGCCAUGUAUCCAAGAUCUCCAUCAGACCUACCUCGGUGCUGCUCAACACGCACAGCAGUCAGUCAGAGAAAAAUACAAGGGCUCCAAAUACCACGAGGUUUCUCUCAUUGAACCCCCACAGACACUGAUCUUGAAUUAACCCAGACUUGUACUUUUUAUAUAUAUAUAAUUUUUUUAUUUUUUUUUUCCCCUCCUCAAAUUGCAGACUCUAACAGAUUGUGUUCGAUCCGCCUGUUGCACAGACAUGUAACUGCAAUAACAGACACCGUAGCCUUCAUGUGUGGAGGACUUGGUGACAUUAGCAUGUUGUGUAUAUUUUAUGUGCAGUCCUGAAGGACUUUUUUUUAUGCUUAACGCAUCAAUAUUUUGUACAGUAGGUAAUUGUUUAAAGGCAUUUAAAUUUUUUUUUAAUGAAAGUAACAAGUGGUAUUUAAUUUCAAUGGGAAGAUUUUUUUCCCCCACUCUGACAUCAAAUAAACCACUUUUUCCUAUAAAA